AUGAGACUCCUCGCUCUAUUUUUCCUUAUCAUCGUCGCGGUGAAUGCCUACUACACUCUCUCCGUCUACGCACCUUCGCUUCCCCAGAUCCAUGCGCGCAUCAUCAAUGCAAGGAACAAAGCCUUCAUCAUUGGUGCUACAAAGCCCAGUACAUUCUGCGGUCUUGACAAUGCCACUGAGUGUCCCGAUGGCACCUCAACCCAAGUCGAUGGAAACAUGACGGGUCUCGCAGCCGCAGUUCCAGGCGGUCAGUUCAUCUUCGUCGCCCCCGAUGGGAUCAUAUCCUAUCCACCCGCACACUCCGCCCUUCGACCCCCGGGCUCACAGAUGGGCGGCUUCCAACGCGCACAUGUCAUCUCAGAGUGCAAGAUGCCUGUCACGAUACUUAUGUGGUCCCCGGAGAACGCAAGUCCGGGACUUUGGGCUUGCCCUACAGCGAGGAAUGUCCCAGUUACGAAGGAGGCGGUUCUCAAGGCGACGACGAGCACUUUCACGGGAAGUGGCUGUUUGGCUGUUGAAGGGAUUGAGAUUCAGACUGCAGGGGAUAAGUUCGCUGCUUGGGCUUAUACGUAG